CUUCUCCUCCUCGUAGGGAUCAUCAUUCCCCCCUCCUAACCCUCCUAACCCUCCCGAUGCAUCCUGAUUUGCCCCGUCGAGACAGCGCCCGACAAUCGUGCCAUAUCGCGGAUGGCGUCGCAUCUUUCUUCUCCGAGCCAAGACCACAAGAGAAUGCUGUCCGCCCGCCCCAGGGAGAGAGACAUAUGCCUGCGUCAAGGAAACAUCAGCUAUAUAUACCCCGUGCGUCCUUCCCUUCGUCGCGCCUCUCUCUCUCUCUUUUCCCCCUCCAUUUCCCCUCUUCCCCCCCAUUUCUCACCCCUCCUCCUCCUAUUCUGCCUCUACUGGCUGGCCCGGAGACAGAUAGAUAUACAUAUAGAUAGAUACAACCAGUUAUCUAUUGUCUAUAUUCCCUUCAUCUCCUCCUCCCCCCCCCGCGAUUCCCCAUCCACAUCUGGUCAACAUGCCUGGGAGCGUGUCUGUCAAUGUGGCUGGCGCCGCGCCCAAGUUUGCCGGCCUCAGUGGCAAGCGUCUGGGCCUGCUGGUUUCCAUCAUCUCAACCAACGGCUUUCUUCUUUUCGGGUACGAUCAGGGAGUCAUGUCAGGGAUUAUCAGUGCCGCCCCCUUCAACGCCUACUUCCCCGACACCCUGAACGACAGUGUCUACCAGGGCUUCGUGACCGCUAUCUACGAGGUCGGAUGCUUGAUCGGCGCCAUGUUCAUCCUGACUUAUGGUGACCGGCUCGGACGACGGAGAGCGAUGAUGCUUGGUGGCUUGAUCAUGAUCAUCGGGGUUAUCAUUCAGGUCUCGGCUGUCAAAGGACAUCGGGCAACGGCGCAGCUGAUUAUCGGCCGAACCGUCACCGGCAUAGGCAACGGCAUCAACACGUCGACCAUUCCCACCUACCAGGCCGAGUGUAGUCGCACGGCCAACCGCGGGCUUCUCAUCUGUAUCGAGGGCGGUGUCAUCGCCUUCGGCACCAUGAUCGCCUACUGGAUUGACUAUGGCGCGUCGUACGGGCCCGACAACCUCACCUGGCGAUUCCCCAUCGCUUUCCAGAUCGUCUUCGGCCUGGUGCUCAUCUACGGCGCCUGGGUUCUCCCCGAGUCUCCCCGCUGGCUUCUCUCCAAGGACCGUCACGAGGAAGGCAUGAACGUCAUUGCCGCCCUGGCGGGACUCGAUGUGAAUGACGAGGAGGUCCUCUUCCAAAAGACUCUGAUUCUGGACAGCAUUCAAGCAAGCAGUGAACUCAGCAAGACCCCGAUGAAGGCCCUUUUCACUGGUGGAAAGACGCAGCACUUCCGUCGUCUCUGCUUGGGCGCGUCCUCGCAAUUCUUCCAGCAACUCGGAGGCUGCAAUGCAGUCAUCUACUAUUUCCCCAUUCUCUUCCAAGACGCUAUCGGGACCAGUCACAACCUGGCGCUCCUGCUGGGUGGUGUCAACAUGAUCGUCUACGCCAUCUUUGCCACCGUCUCCUGGUUCAUCAUCGAGCGUGCUGGACGUCGCAGAAUUUUCUUGGUCGGUUCAAUUGGACAAUGCCUGAGCAUGGUUCUCGUCUUCGCUUGUCUCAUCCCGGACCACGGCACUGGCCCAUCCGCGAAAGGGGCGGGUGUUGGUCUCUUCACCUACAUCGCCUUCUUCGGUGCGACCUGGCUCCCCCUCCCGUGGCUCUACCCCGCCGAGAUCAACCCGCUGCGGACGCGUGUCCGCGCAAACGCCUUGUCGACCUGCACCAACUGGCUCUUCAAUUUCCUGAUCGUCAUGGUGACGCCCGUCAUGAUCACCAACAUCCGUUGGGGCACCUACCUCUUCUUCGCGGUCAUCAACGCCCUGUUCAUCCCCGUCAUCUACUUCUUCUACCCCGAGACCAAGAGGCGUUCCCUCGAGGAGAUCGACAUCAUCUUCGCCAAGGGAUACACGGAGAAGAUCUCCUACGUCAAGGCUUCCUUCGACCUGCCCUUCCUCAGCGACCGCGAGGUCGAGACCAUGGCCCGCCAGUACGGCUUCGUGGAUGCCGAUGACGAGUACAAGAUUGGCGAGCAGAGCGACAAGGCCGAGAAGGCCGAGCGAGAAGAGAAGGAGAUCGCCGACGGCUCCAAGAGCGAGAGCGAAUGAGCGCUCUUUGUCCCAUAAAUUGGUAUUGAUUGAUUUGAUUGAUUGAAGUC